AUGCAGUUCUUCACCGGCCUUACAACUCUCCUCUUCGCAACCUUGGCCCUCGGAGCAGCGAUUGACACCCGUGCCGAAAACGGUGUAAGCGACGUCGACCAAGACCUCAAGGAAGCCACCUGCAGCCCCAAGGGUGGUGCCUGUCUCGCAGGCCAGCUUGAAUGCUGUUUCGGCCUGACAUGCUUCAUCCCUCCCAAGAGCGGAUGGGAGCCUUGGUGUCCUGGCAAGUCAAAAGAAAAGUGA